AUGAGGCCUUUCUUCGAUUCUGACAUUGUAGUAAAUUUUAAUCUUUCAGAAGAGGCAGUUCAAAAUGAGAAGAGAAUUAUUGAAAAUAAUAGGAGAGUUUUACGAGACUAUCAAAAGGAAAAACUGAUACUUGAAGGGAAAAAGAAUUGGGAUAAAUUUUAUAAUCAUUAUAAAAGCAAUUUUUUUAAAGAUAGGAAAUGGAUAAAAGUAGAAUUUGAUAACAUUUUUAAGGAAAAUAAUACUUUCGUUGAAAGUAAAAGCAAUACAUCAGUUGAAAGUAAAAGCAAUACGUCAGUUGAAAGUAAAAGCAAUACAUCAGUUGAAAGUAAAAGCAAUACAUCAGUUGAAAGUAAAAGUAAUACAUCAGUUGAAAGUAAAAGUAAUGACAAAUUAAAAGAGACAGAAACAAAGAGUGAAGGUAAACUUAUUUUAGAAAUUGGAUGUGGUGUGGGAAAUUCGUUAAUCCCACUGUUAUUAGAAUAUGAAGAUUUUAAUUUCAUAGGUAUAGAUUUUUCAAAAAAUGCAAUAAAUAUUUUGAAUGAUAAAUGGAAAAGUAUUGUAAACAGGAACAAUAAAUUAAAAGAAGUUCAAGUAGUUGGGGAGACAGCCGAUGUAUUAAUGAAUAGCCAUAAAGCACUUGUAGGAGAUAAUAAGAAGUAUGGAAAGAAGUAUGAAAAGAAGAUUGAAAAGAAGAAUGAAAAGAAUACUGAAAAGACGCAUCAAAAUGUUGAAUGGACGGAUAAGCAUAUAUUGAAUGGUAAGAUUAUAGAAGAUCAUUUCUCAAACGGUAGUAGCUAUGACGUUUAUUUGAUCGAUGAUCACAGUACAUCAGAACAGAGUGAAAAUUGCAGUCAUAUGUACGAAAUGAAGAGUUAUAAAAAAUUGGGAAAUUUGCUUAAGGCAUGUGUAGUAGAUAUAACAGUUGAUGAAGAAUCUUCAACAAAUGUGUGCACCUUUGGAACAGUAGAUGUUAUUUUGCUUAUUUAUGUCUUAUCAUCUGUGCAGCCAGAUAAAAUGAUUAAAGUAAUUAAUAAUUGUUAUAAGUAUUUAAAAAAAGGAGGGUAUGUUUUAUUAAGAGAUUACGGUUUAUAUGAUUUAACGCAAGUGCGAUUUGCUAAUAAAAGAGAAAAAAAAAUAUCAGAAAAUUUUUACGUGCGAGGGGAUAAAACUUUUGUUUACUUUUUUACAACUGAAUAUUUGCAUGAUUUGUUCUGUCAGAAUGAUUUGUUUGAAGAAGUUCAGAAUAAAUAUAUAACCAGGAUUGUUAAAAAUAGGAAAAGACAUUUAGAAAUGAAGAGAAUUUGGGUCCAGUCCAUCUUUAGGAAGAAGUAG